AAUCACCAUUCAGAAGGGUGCAAUCCAUAGUGCAUCCUCGAGAAUAAAGGAUGGUUAAUGGAAGUAUAAUGAAAUUGCCCGAAGACUUAGUGUUCUAUAUACUAUUAAGAUGUCCGGUGAAAUCUCUCAUGCGAUUCAAAGGCAUAUCUAAAGCUUGGUACAAUUUCAUACAAUCCGCCACUUUUAUAAAUCUUCAUCUCAACCGCAUAACAACCAUAGAAGACGAAUUCAUUCUGUUCAAGUACUCCAUCAAAGAAGAACCAGAAGAAUUUAAAAAUGUAUUGUCUUUUCUUUCUGGUCAUAAUGAUGCUCUUAACCCUCUUUUUCCAGAUAUAGACGUGUCAUAUAUGACCUCCAAUUGUAGUUGUACUUUUUUCCCACUCAUCGGUCCUUGUAAUGGUUUGAUUGCUUUGACAGAUUCCAUUACCAUCAUCUUAAUUAAUCCGGCUACUAGAAAUUUCAGAUUGCUCCCACCUAGCCCUUUUGGUUGUCCCAAAGGUUUCCAUCGUUCUGUUGAAGAGUUUGGGCUUGGGUUUGACUCGAUUGCGAAUGACUAUAAGGUUGUUAGGCUUUCUGAAGUGUUUUGGGAUCCUCCUAAUGAUUAUCCUGGUCCUAAAGAGAGUAAAGUUGAUAUGUAUGAUUUGAGCAUUGAUUCUUGGAGAGAACUGGAUUAUGAACAGUUGCCAUUGAUUUAUUGGGUGCCUUGUGCUGAGACAUUUUACAAGGAAGCGGUUCAUUGGUUUGCAACUAUAGAUUUGUCUAUGGUGAUUCUUUGUUUUGACGUGUGCACUGAGACUUUUCGUAAUAUGAAAAUGCCCCAUACUUUUAUUUUUGACAACGAGCAAUAUUGUGGUCUUGUAAUCUUAAGUGAGUCUCUAACAUUGAUUUGUUACCCGAACCCAAUAUCUAUUGAUCAAAUACAAGAACUAACGCACAUUUGGGUGAUGAAGGAGUACGGUGUAAGCGAGUCUUGGAUUUUGAAAGACACAAUUAGGCCUCCUCCUAUUGAAUCUCCGUUAGAUGUUUGGAAGAAUAAUUUAUUGCUGUUUGAAAGCAAAAGCGGACUUUUGAUUUCCUAUAAUCUUAAUUCCGAUGAAGUAAAGGAACUCAAAUUAAAUGGUUUUCCUGGAAGUUUGAGUGUUAAAGUUUACAAGGAAUCCUUAACUUCAAUCCCAAGAGGGUUAAAAUUAUAGAGACGAUUUAUUGUUUCAAAUUUGAUGAAUUAGCACCUAAAUUUUGACAACUUUUUUUCCCGAAGAUUUUAAUUAUAUUGUUGUAAA